AUGGUUUCCAACUAUAGAGUACCGCCGAAGUUCGACGAAGCUCGGCCGUAUGAGUGUUGGAAAAAUGAAGUUAGUAUUUGGAGACUUGUUACGGAGCUGGACAAGACAAAACAAGCGCUGGCAGUGGCGCUUGGGCUCGAAGGGAGAGCCAGAGAAACGGCGCUGGAAAUAUCCGUGGUGGAUUUAAACAAAGAUGACGGUAUGGAGACGUUACUUGCAAAACUGGAUGCGGUGUUUUUGAUAGAGGAAAAGGACCGCGCGUACGAAGCGUACUCUCAUUUUGACUCGAUCACUAAAGGCAGUGCUUUGUCCAUGGCGGACUACAUCAUUGACUUUGAGCAGCGGUAUAACCGCAUGAAAAAGUACAACAUGACCCUUCCUGACGCUGUUCUGGCUUUCAAGCUCCUGGACACGGCAUGUCUGGAGGAGAAAAGCAGACAGCUGGCAUUGACUGCGUUUGUCACUGGAGAAAUGUCCACUAAAGAAAAGCGUAAAGUUCUUCUAAAACUUCACAAGCAGUUUGGCCACGCAUCUGCAGAAAGACUUCAGAAGCUCAUUCAAAGCUCCGGAAACACUGAUCAAGACUGCCCCAUCAUUCUGCAGGAGAUCAUUCGUGACUGUGAGAUCUGCCAAAGAUACAGCAGGUCCAAGCCAAAGCCUGCUGUUGGUCUGCCAUUAGCCUCACAGUACAAUGAGACAGUGGCUUUGGAUCUUCAUGAGCUGGAGCCUGGCGUAUGGUACCUCCACAUCAUUGAUCAUUUUACACGUUUCAGCUCUGGAAACAUUGUGAGGACCAAGAAACCUUCGGAGAUAGUCAACUCGUUCAUUCACUCGUGGAUAAGUGUCCACGGCGCACCAAAACGGAUCUACACAGACAACGGCGGGGAGUUUAACAAUGCGGAGAUACGAGACAUGGCAGAGAACUUCAAUAUUGAGACUAAGACAUCAGCAGGAUACAGUCCCUGGAGCAACGGACUGUUGGAGAGACACAACAUGACACUAACUGAAAUCCUUCUAAAGAUGACUUCCUUUGGGCAGGAUCUGAGCAGUUUGUGA